GGGGAGGCGCCUGGGAGGAGGAAGCCUGGGAGGAGGGUGGGGACUCCCUGACACUCUACACCAACUGGGAUUGUUUUUGCCCUUCCUAGCCUGGCAGCAGGUGCCAAGAGAGGGUGCAGGUGCCUAGGGAGAGGCGGGGAAGACAGCCGAACAGACAGCACCAACAGCGAAGAUCAAGAGUCCCGACCACCUGGGAGGGCGGGGGGAGGGUCUGAAGGCUGCAAGGUAAAGGGAACCACCCCUCCACUCCUCCCAAACAUCCUCCCUGAAACUGGUCUGUUCAUUGGCCAAGCCAAGGGGCACUUCUGCAGCUCUGGAUCCCACCCCAUGGGGCAAAGAGCACCCUGCCAAGGAGGGACGCCAGCCACGGGGGUGUCCAGCAACAUGGCCUGCCCGUCGAUCUACAGGCACCCAUACCAUGGUGGCUGUGCCCUGGCCCCUCAGAGGCACCCAGGUGAACCCUGCGGCUUCGAGGCGACCUACCUGGAGCUGGCCAGUGCUGUGAAGGAGCAGUAUCCGGGCAUCGAGAUCGAGUCGCGCCUGGGGGGCACAGGCGCCUUUGAGAUAGAGAUAAAUGGACAGCUGGUGUUCUCCAAGCUGGAGAAUGGGGGCUUUCCCUAUGAGAAAGAUGUGAGUAUUUGCAGUGUUGGGAGGACCUCUGGGUCAUCCUACCCCAACAGUGCAUCAUCCUGUCAUUCCACAUCUCUGUCCUCUAGCUCAUUGAGGCCAUCCGAAGAGCCAGUAAAGGAGAACCCCUAGAAAAGAUCACCAACAGCCGUCCUCCCUGCAUCAUCCUGUGACUGCACAGGAUUCUGGGUUCCUGCUCUGUUCUGGGGUCCAAGCCUUGGUCUCUUUUGGUCCUGCUGGGAGCUCCCCCUGCCUCUUUCCCCUACUUAGCUCCUUAGCAAAGAGACCCUGGCCUCCACUUUGCCCUUUUGGGUACAAGGAAGGAAUAAAAGAUUCCAUGGCCUUGGGGGCAGGAGAGAGACACUCUCCAUGGACACUUCCCCAGCCACCUUAUACCCCCUUCCCAGGAUAAGUGCCCACAAAAGCCUGGUCCACUCUUCACCUCGGUAAUACCUGUCUGAUGCCACAGUAGAUUUUAUUUAUUUUCCCCAACCCAGGGCAAUGUCAGCUAUUGGCAGUAAAGUGGCACUACAAACACUAAU